AUGCUCUCUCGUGCGAUUGCCGCACGCCGACUCCUGCGUUCCGCGCACCGCGCUAUCCCCGCGCUUUCAGAUCUCCCAGCCAUGGCCGCUAUUCAGAUGAACGCCGCGUCGCUCUCGAGCGCGCCGCGCGCGCUGCUGGCGAAGGAUGCUUCGGCCAAGACUGCGUCAACCGCAUCAGCACCGUCCAUCUCGUGGCGCUCCGUCUCCUCCGGCAACCCCACACUUCUUGCCCGCCUCUCCCGCUCGGCCGCUCAUGCCACGUCAGCAUCGCAGCGUGCCGCGCAGAAGCCUGCCACGUGGAGCCCCGUCCGGUGCAACGCCACGACGACAGAGGCCCCCGCUUCUGAGACUUUCACGUACCAGGCGGAGGUGAAUCGGCUCAUGGAUCUCAUCGUGCACUCUCUUUACAGCCACCGUGAGGUCUUCCUUCGCGAGCUCGUCAGCAAUGCGAGCGAUGCGUUGGACAAGCUGCGGUUCCUGUCGGUGACGGACCCGGCGCUCAUGGCGGCGGACUCGGAGCUCGCCAUCCGCAUCAAGGCGGACCCCGCCUCCGGCACCAUCACCAUCACCGAUACGGGCAUCGGUAUGACCAAGGAGGAGCUUAUGGACUCGCUGGGGACCAUCGCGCAGAGUGGCACCGCCAAGUUCGUGCAGGCCAUCAAGGAGAAGCAGGAGAAGGAGGGCGAGGUGGACAGCAACCUGAUCGGGCAGUUCGGAGUGGGCUUCUACUCCGCGUUCCUGGUGGCAGACCGCGUCACCGUGCGCACCAAGAGCGCCAAGGGCGGCAAGCAGUGGGUGUGGGAGGCGGAGGCGGACCAGAGCACGUACACGGUGCGCGAGGACUCGGACGGGGAGCAGCUUGCCCGUGGCACGUCCAUCCAGCUGCACCUUAAGGACGACCAGAAGGCGGAGUACUCAGACCCAUCACGCCUGGCGAGCCUGGUGAAGAACUACUCGCAGUUCAUCGGAUUCCCCAUCUACAUGUGGCAGGAGCAGACGCGCUCCAAGGAGGAGGAGUAUGAGGAGGCGGCCAAGGAGGAGGGAGAGCCGCCAGUGAAGAAGGUUCGCACGGUGGAGGAGAAGUACUUUGACUGGGUGCUGGAGAACGACACCAAGCCCAUCUGGGUCCGCGCCCCCAAGGAGGUGGGGCAGGCGGAAUAUAAUGAGUUCUUCAAGAACACGUUUAAAGAGUUCCUCGACCCGCUGGCGCAUACGCACUUCUCAACGGAGGGCGAGAUCGAGUUCAAGUCGCUGCUCUACAUUCCCGGCAUGGCGCCCUUUGAUGCCAACGACAUGUUCUCCGGCAAGACACGCAACAUCCGCCUCUACGUGAAGCGCGUUUUCAUCUCCGACCAGUUUGAUGGCGAGCUGCUCCCCCGCUACAUGGCGUUCAUCAAGGGAGUCGUCGACUCCAACGACCUCCCUCUCAACGUCUCUCGCGAGAUCCUCCAGGAGUCCCGCAUUGUGCGCAUCAUGCGCAAGCGCCUCGUGCGCAAGGUCUUUGACAUGCUGGAUGAUGUCGCCGCCCGGAAGGACGCGGACGGCAAGCCCAGCAGCGACUACACCACCUUCUGGCAGAGCUUCGGGCGCAACGUGAAGCUCGGGUGCAUCGAGGACGCUGGUAACCACAAGCGCCUUGCGCCCCUCCUGCGCUUCUUCUCGUCGAAAUCUGAGGAUGAGUUGAUUUCGCUGGAGGAUUACACGGGCAGGAUGAAGGACGGGCAGAAGGAAAUUUACUACAUUGCUGCGGAUACCGUUCGCAGCGCGAAAUCGGCGCCGUUUUUGGAGAAAUUGAACCAGAAGGGGUUGGAAGUUCUCUUCCUGGUCGAGCCGAUCGACGAGGUUGCUGUUACCACGUUACAGAGUUACAAGGACCUCAAGUUUGUGGAUAUUUCCAAGGAGGAUCUGGAUUUGGGGGAUGAGGGCGACGAGGCGAGCAAGAGGGAGCAGGAGAAGGAGUUUGCGGGCGUGUGUGAUUGGAUGAAGGGGGUUCUUGGAGACAAGGUGGCCAAAGUGCAGGUGUCCCAGCGGAUCGCCUCUUCCCCCUGUGUGCUGGUGGCUGGCAAGUUCGGCUGGUCGGCCAACAUGGAGCGCAUCAUGAAGGCGCAGACCAUGGGCGACCCCCAGCAGGCCGAGUUUAUGAGGGGCAGGAGGAUUUUGGAGAUCAACGCUGACCAUCCGAUCAUCAAGGACCUCAAGGUGCAGAGCAGUGUGGCACCGGAUAGUGCCAAGGCAAGGCAGCUGGUGGAUCUGCUGUAUGAGACAGCGCACAUUGCCUCGGGAUUCCCGCCGGAGAACCCUGCUGAGUUUGGCUCGCGCGUGUAUGAAAUGAUGGCGCUCGCCAUUCCUCAAGCUGCUGCUGCUGCCCCUGCUUCCCCAUCCUCGUCAACAAGCGCCUCGGUACAACCUGAAGUUGUGGAGGCCUCUGAAGUGCGAACGGAGGGUGAUGCAUGGAAGUGA